UCUCUUCACCGGCGUCCCAACAUUCAACGGUAGCGCCAGUCGCAUACUUGGCGUCCUCGUGAGGGUUUCGUGAUUUUGUGUCGUUCUUCACUUUCGUAAGAGUUCCGCGGCGUCAGUGACAACAGAAAAGCUGUGGCACGCACGUACGCAACGUGUCUUCACUAUUUCCGCAGGACAAUAAACGGUAAUGUCAUUGAUCUUGGUUGCGGCUUUUAUGAUUUUGUAACUGUAUUUGCGCGCGCGCGUGUAUGUGUGUGUAUGUGUAUGUGUUGUAUGUUCGUGAGUGAGUGUGUGUAUGCGCGCGCGCGAAUGUAAGGGAAAACGAUAACGGCGUCCAUCGGUACCUUUUUAUCGAGAGGGAGUGGAAAAUGAGCCAAACGGAUCAAGACAAAAGUAUGGACAAAAAGAAGAUCGCCGAGGAGGAGAGAGAGAAAAUGCUGAAUGCUGAGAAUACGAAGCACGGCGCCGCACCUGCGCCUGAUCUCGAAUCUGAGGAGCAGAAACCAAAGAAGAAAAUACCAAUCGGCGGCAUCAAGAUGCCUGGUUUCUGUCGUACGAAGAGCAAAGAACCGUGCAAGGAUGAUGAAACCAAACCGGCGGAAUCCAUUGACACAGAAUCAACCCCCGUGGUAACAAAAGAGACUGAACAAAAUACCCCGUCUGCGGAAAAAUCCACCACGCCUGCUAAGGAGAAGGAAGGACAAAAGGGAAUUCUAAACGCUAUUCGAUUACCUCUGGUAUCAUCCGUUUUUCCCAAAAGGAAGAAAGAAAUUGAUGCCGAAUUAGGACAAACCGGCGCUGCCGGAUUAGCAAGUGUUGAGACACUCGACGAUGGCACCGCCGAGAAGAGCCCUAUCGCCAACGAGGAUGGCAUGGAAACUGUUCGACUCGACGGAGAGGAUGGGAUCGACCAUGUCGAGUCACCAAAGCAUCCGUUGGUAGUCUGCAUAUCCUUGCUCAGAAGACACAUGGUUGUUUCAGUGGUAACCCUACUGAUCCUGCUCAGCGUCAUCGUCAUCAUCUCUAUCGCCUGUGCCGGGCCCAGGAGAAUUUCCAUUCAGCCACUCAAGAACGGCAAAUAUAUCGAGGCAGUAACGUCGUGUGGACCGGUACAAGGCAUCCUGGAGGAUGGCGCCUACGCAUUUCGCGGUAUUCCGUACGCGACGCCACCAAUCAGUAAUCGUCGUUGGCAACCGGCUGAAUCUCUGAUCCGUAUCGAGCACUGCUGGAAUGGCACCUAUCUGGCGCACAAUGCUUCCGAGAGUUGCUGGCAACGUGAAAUAUCUGGUCGUAUGGAUGGCGUUGAAGAUUGCCUCUAUCUCGAUGUGUUUACCCCAAUAGUCGGAUAUGAUUCCCCGUUACCCGUGGUCGUUAUGAUCGGCGCUGAGACCUUGACUGGCGGUUCGCCUGGAGUGAUGCAACCUUCGGCCAAGUUGGCGCGCGUCCGCGACAUCGUAUUCGUGCGACCAAAUUUCCGAAUGGGAAUUUUCGGAUUUCUGGCGGCCGAACCUCUCACUAGAGCAACGCAUCCUCCAACUUCCGGCAAUUAUGGGCUAUCAGACAUUAUAGCGGCUCUUCAAUGGGUACAAUUAAACAUUGAAAACUUUGGCGGUAACAAGUCGUCCGUCACUCUGUGGGGACAUCGGGCGGGCGGCACUCUUGUAACAACGCUGGUUGGCUAUCGUAAAGCCAAGAGUCUCUUCUCAAAGGCGUGGAUAUCCAGCGGUAGUGCAAUUUUUCCGGGCAAGGAAUUGGACAAGUAUGAAGCCAUGAACAAACAGUUCCUCGACUCAAUCCGCUGUAGUGAUGCCGCCUGUCUCAGAAGCAAGAGUGCUGAAGAUCUUAUGGAUGCUGUACCAGAGUCGUGGUAUGUCGGUAACAUGGGUCUGCCGGAGAUGAAGGAAGCCGGACCCUCCUACGAAAAAAGACAUGAAUGGCUCGUUCUCGAUGGCACGAUUCUUCAGGAGCACAUCGGUCGGAUCUUGUCACAAGAGAAACUUACGGUAAAGGUAGUGAUGGGUACCACAGCGCAUUCUGGCACCCCGGUACAAUACUUGUCGCCGAACUUUACUCUCGAUACAUCGCAAGUCGAGAAAAUUGUACAAGAAUCCUUGCUUGGAACAUCGGGAUUUACAGAUGAAGCUGUGAGGCGCUAUAACAAUACGUUGAAGGGAUUGGUCACAAUGAUCUCCGACAUCCGCGUAAUUUGUCCAUUACUGACCCUCGCCAGAAUGAGAACCAACAUACCGUUUUACGUAGCCACCCAACCACGUCGACAGUACCUGGCCGAUCCCGACAGUGAUGCCGCUGCCAUUCUGGGAACCUAUGCUGCCGUCACGCCUGAGGAAAAGAGACACGUGUCUGCUAUGCAACAGCUGUUUAACCAUUACGUAUGGCAUGGCGAGGUCGCGCAGGUUGAUCAGUCAGGCGCAAAGCGAGUAUUACUCGUUGGUCAAGAUACACUGCUCGCGCAGGGCUAUCCGAAUUGUGAUUUCUGGAUAGAGAAAAACAUCGUCCCUAUGUAUGGCCGAAUCGAUUAGAAAGGCUUUUAUCAUCAUGCACGAAUCUAUGUGCUAGGAUUUUUGGAAAUCUGCAUCUCGAGUAACGCGUAUCUGUCCGUUUAAUUUCCGCGGACGUCACGAUACAGAUACUCAAUAAACACAAACAAUAAGAUAACAUUAAUGUUAUAAAUCUACACUCAACAAUGUAACAGUUGUACUUAUGUUACAUUACAUUUGUGUUAUUGAAUAUGAAAUUAUAAUAUUGAUGUUAUAUUACUAUUAAUUAGUGUUUACUGAAAUAUGUACUACUUAAAUAGAUCGAUAGGCGUUAAAUGAGAUUUUGCAGAUUAACGAAUGAAGAUCAUGCCUUUAUGGUGCGACGUAUAGUAGUACCUGUCUAAUCAUGACAAUUAAUAUAAAAGCCAAAAUA